ACUGGCUCGUGUUGUACGAUGGAGAUCUCGUCAAUGAUCGCGUGUUAAGAUUUCAUCAUGGAUUUGGAGCUCAACCGUUCCGACUACGUUCAGGUUGACGGGACGUCCCCAGGGGCCACCAAGAUCCUUCCGCACUCAACGGAGCCUAAAGGGUGUCAAAAGGUGGUCGUCGGUAGUCAGUCUGGAGUCGUUCACUCAUUCGGGGCUAACCGCGGGCACAUUGAAACGGUGUUCAAGACGUUGCCUGGCAAAGGUGUCAGCUGCAUUCAGCUAGGCGGGGUCAUCGGCAACAUCCAGGACAAGAUAUUUGUGGCGGCAGGCAAUGAGAUCACUGGUUACACGCGCAAAGGAAAGCAAUUCCUGAAGUUCGACACCAACCUGACAGACAACAUACGGUGCAUGAGCGUGUGCGGCAACGACCUGGCGGUGUGCGGUGAAUACGUUUACAACCACUACUUCGAAUGCCAGGACAAGAACUACUUCCUCUCGAGUGGCCGCAUCAACGACAUGCUCCUGCUGCCCGUGGAGAAGCUCAGAGCUCUGGUACCCGUGCUCGCUUGCCAGGACAGGCUUCUCCGGGUGCUCAAGGAUUCUCAAUGUCAGAUCGAGAUCGAAGUGUCUGGCCCUGUAACAGCGCUGACUCUUUAUCAAGGAGAUGGAGGGCCAACAGGGAAAGACGUUGUCUACGGCACCAGCGACGGCAAAAUCGGCCUCCUUUCGAUUGACAAGCCUUCUCAAGUUCCGGUCUGGGAGAUCGAAAAUCCCAACGGAGGUGGAAGUGUCACUUGUCUCGGCUCUUACGACAUGACAGGCGACGGAGUCCUGGACCUCCUUGCCGGAAGAAAUGAUGGUCAGGUGGAAAUAUACUCCUUCAACGACCUCGGGGAACCGGUGCUCCGUUUCGCAUACAACUGUGGUGAAAGCGUCACGUCCCUGCAAGGUGGUGUCAUUGGGAAUGCACGCUAUGACGAACUCCUGGUCACUACUUACAGCGGCUGGGUCUUCGGACUGUCUGCCGAGCACGCGGAAAAAAGGCUGGACCCCAACUACCUACUCAUUUCUCCGGAGUCGGCGCAGAAGAUUCUGAAACUAAAGGAAGAGGUGGAGCAACUGGAGCAGAAGGUGGCCCGUGAGCGCGAGGUGUACCAGCUGCGCACCUACUCGGACAAGGGCGCUUUGUCGGCUGUGCCCUUCUUCGCGCUGGACGAUUCGUUCGUGCUCCACCACCAUGAUGCCUCGUACACGCUCGCCGUUCAGUUGCAGACGGCCAUUGACACCGUGGUCCUGCAGUCCAACGUACCCGUGGAUCUUUUGGACAGCAGCAAGAACUCAGCCGUUGUCAGUUACACGUCCUGCGACCCCCAAACAAGUGGCAACUACCUGCUCGCCACGUUCCGGUGCCAGGCGAACACAUCGAGGCUCGAGGUCAAGAUUCGCACCAUCGAAGGCCAGCAGGGCGUUUUGCGUGCCUACGUCAUUCCGCAGUUGCAGCCAAAGUGCUGCCAACUGCGCCAGUACCAGAUACGGCCACUCUCGCUGCACCGGCGGGCGCACUCCGUGGAUGACCAGGACAGGUCACUGAAUGUGCUGAAGCUUUGCGGUCCAUUCAGCCUGGCCGAGAUGCAUGCCUGGCUGGUGCUGAGCCUUCCGGAGGUGGCCGAGAGGCCGCCGGUGACGGACUCGGCCACGCUUCACUUUGUCUCCACGUUCCUCGGGACGUUGCUCGCUUGCGUUUACAGACGUGGCGAAGCAAUAUUCAAAUCCGACAACGUUUCGACAAUAUCUAUACUAAAGGACUUCCUUGCUAAGCAGGCCACUCGGAAAAAGAUCAGAUUGGACAUCGUAUGUGAUAUCAAUUACGACAGCAUAGCGCACACGCUACGGAUGAUUCACCCGAAGCUUGAGUACCAGCUGAUAUUGGCCAAAAAGGUGCAGCUCGUGGAAGCCUUGAAGGAUCUCAAGGUGUAUGAAGGGAAUGCGGACUGCCUUGCACCUGAGUAUCAAGACAUACUGGCGCGAAGUGAUGAGCUGGAGAUGGAAUUCAAAAGACAACCAUGCCAUUUGGAAAGACUUUACGGAAUGAUCACCGACCUCUACAUUGAUGUCUACAAAUUUAAAGGAACCAACGUGAAGAGCAAAGUGCCCGCACUGCUCCAAGUUCUCGACCGCUACGACUUGACUGCGCUGAUCGACUUUUUUCAUGACCAGGUGUAGCCUCUACGCAAAUGCAACGCCUGGGUGCUUCAGCCUAGGAACACAUAGUCAAUCAUAGUCAUAGGAAUACAUGGUCAAUCUGCUUCACAAUAGAAAAAAGUCAAAGGCCUACACGGCACACGCGGCACAAUCACAGCAUCAUUUUCGGCAGCAUGCACUAGAAGGUUCCCCCCUCCUUCCGUGGAGACACCACGACGUGUGCUGUAGAGUAAAUACAAGUGUCGAGACAACGCGGCGCAUGUGUUACCUCCCUUGACCCUUGGCACCUUACGAUGCUGUUGAUGAUGAUGAACAUCAUCAUUUAUUUGCAUCCCCUUUGAAGCAAGGCGGUGACAAACAGUCACCAAGCCUCAUUCAGUUCACCAGGCCCAGCUACAUACAACUGCUACAUGCAACUACAUGCAACAACAUACAACUGCUACAUGCCGGGACAAUUGUUUGAAUGCGGCGCAACUUCAAUGCGCAAUUUGCACGUAUCAAGGCAACGCGGUACGCAUGUCAAGUUGUGACAAGUGGCACGAUAUGAUGCUAAUGUUGAUGAUUUACUGGCAUCCCCUUUGAAACGUGGCGGUGACAAGCUGUCACCUAGCCUGCUUGAUUUAUUCAGUUAGGCUAUGCAUGUUUUUGUUCCACCAUAUUGUAUGCAUCUGCUUCUUCUUUUUCUUCAUCAAAGCUGCUCUAUUUCACUUGUAGCCAUACCUGUGUAACUGCUGCUUGGCGUGCAACUUGAUGUAAUAUUACGCAACUGCAAUAGAAAGUGCGGACACAUCGACCUUAUGCGGAGCGCAUCUCGCGUCGCGUGACAAGUGGCACGGUACGAUGUUAACGAUUAUUUAUUGGAAUCCCCGUUGAAACGGGGUGGUGAGAAGUGGUCACAUAGCUAGUUUGAUUCAGUAUGGUAUACUGUACAUGUUUUUCGUCCUAGCAUGGCAAAGCCAACGGUGAGACUCUCAAUCCCUGGAAUAACGAAGGAGUCGAAGAUGCCGCUUGCUGGGCUCAAGCAUUUCGCGCUAUCAUACAUUGCUUACAUGUAUGGAUAUUACGAACAUGUUUUUACAUAUGGUUCUGU